UGUAAUAUUUGUAUUGAACUUCAUUAAAAUAAAUAGUUUGUGCUUAAAAAUUAUUUGCUGAACUACAACAAAUUAUUGUUUAUUUUGGAAGUUAAUACUACUCACAAUGGCUUCCUCUGAUAGUAGUGGUGUGAAACCAAUGACAAUUAGUGGUCGUUUAUCCAGUGAGAGAGAACGUUUAAUUGGUAUGACAGAUGAUGAACGUGCAUUUAGAGCUCGUUAUCUGAAAAGUUUAGAACUUGCACCAGAAGAACCAAUAACACCAGAAGGAUUGUAUAAAGAAACUUAUAAUCCAUUCCGAAGAUUUUAUAGAGUACCUUUAAAUAAAUUUGAAGCAGCAUUAAAACCUAUAUUAGGUGCAACUGCUGCCUCUAUUGCACGUCUAACAACAGCAAGGUUGUUAAUGACUAUUGUUGGAAUAUAUGGUGGAUGGUAUUACUACAAGUACAAUACAGCAACAUGGAUGAAACAUACAGGCUGGAGAGUGAUAUAUACACGUGAUGCAGAAUAUCCAUGUGAAAAAGAUUAUCCAGGCCUUGUAAAACCUAAGACAUGGGCUACAGAUAAAUUUGAAAACUCUCCUAUAUAAAAAUUACAAUCAUUGUUGUUAGGUAGUCUUUAAACGUAAUAAAAUGAUUUCAAGCUCAUUAUGGGUAUAUUUUCAAUUAUGUAAUUUAUAAUUACA